GGAAACUAGUCGGAUAUUUUGACUGUGUUUGGGUGGAAUAAUCUGAGCACUGCUGAACAAUGGAGGCUGACGAGGAGGCUGUGGCGCUGGUGAUUGACAACGGCUCCGGCAUGUGCAAGGCAGGCUUUGCAGGCCACGACGCUCCUCGGGGGGUCUUCCCUUCCAUCGUGGGUCGCCCUCGGUAUCAGGGCAUCAUGGUGGGCAUGGGGCAGAAAGACUCGUACGUAGGGGACGAAGCCCAGAGCAAGAGGGGCGUCCUGACAGUGAAGUACCCCAUCGAGCACGGCAUCGUCACCAACUGGGACGAUAUGGAGAAGAUCUGGCAUCACACCUUCUACAAUGAACUCAGAGUCAACCCCGAGGACAGGGCCGUUCUGCUGACCGAGGCGCCGCUCAAUCCCAAGGCCAACAGAGAACGAAUGACGCAAAUCAUGUUCGAAACCUUCAACACACCUGCGAUGUACGUGGCGAUCCAGGCCGUGCUCUCUCUCUACGCAUCCGGACGCACUACUGGCAUCGUCUUGGACUCCGGCGAUGGCGUUUCACACACUGUACCUAUCUACGAGGGCUACGCCCUCCCGCACGCCAUCCUGCGCCUGGACCUGGCGGGGCGCGACCUCACGGACUACCUCAUGAAGAUCCUGACGGAGCGCGGCUACUCCCUCACCACCACCGCCGAGCGAGAGAUCGUCAGGGACAUCAAGGAGAAGCUGUGCUACGUGGCGCUGGACUUCGAGCAGGAGAUGACGACGGCCGCCUCGUCCUCGUCGCUGGAGAAGUCCUACGAGCUCCCCGACGGACAGAUCAUCACCAUCGGCAACGAGAGGUUCCGAUGCCCCGAGGCGCUGUUCCAGCCGUCGUUCCUGGGCCUGGAGUCCUUCGGCAUCCACGAGACCACCUACAACUCCAUCAUGAAGAGCGACCUGGACAUCCGCAAGGACCUGUACGGCAACACGGUGCUCUCGGGCGGCACCACCAUGUACCCGGGGCUGGCCGACCGCCUCACCCACGAGCUGAGCGAGCUGGCUCCCCCGACCAUGAAGGUGAAGAUCACGGCGCCGCCCGAGCGCAAGUAUUCCGUGUGGAUCGGCGGCUCCAUCCUCGCCUCGCUAGCCACUUUCCAGCAGAUGUGGAUCAGCAAGAGGGAAUACGAGGAGUGUGGCCCCUCCGUCGUGCACAGGAAGUGUUUUUAAAGGGGCUGAACUCCGACCGGCUUUGGAGAGCCUGUGACGUCUCUCGCCCACUUGUGCAAAGUCGAUUUUUUUCCCUCUCUCUCUCUCUCAUU